AUGCUUCGGCUACGAGACACUUAGCAUCGAGUGUAGGUAGAUUGUUAACCCAUUUCAGCGCUAUUCAUGACACGUUGUGAUUUUGCCUUGUAUUUCCGGAUCGAUACGACCUUCAAACCUUCAAGAAAAGAGCGCACUCAAUAAUCAAGCUUUCAAUCUCGUACCUCACUUAAGCAACUCAGCAAGCUUCGUUGCUUAAACACGGUACUCGACUGAAAAGCUCUCUAUUAUAUCACGAUUGUAUAAAAUACUAUUUAACGCAUUCACUGCCAUCGACGCAUAUAUGCGUUCACCGUCAUACAAGUUUGUUCCUAGGCCACGCCCCCUGGCAGUAAAUGCGUUAAAAAAAGUUUCACAGAUAAACAAUGAGCCACUUUGAGAGCAUGAGAAAUUAAAAACGUUUAUAAACCACAAGACUAAAGGAUCCCACGGUUUCGCUUCCUUCUCAAGUUUAUGAAGUUUAUAAACGUACGUACGUACGGCAAAAUUAAAUUGAAAUUAAUCUCAUAUCAGUCGAGAUCUGGAUUUCCACAACAUCAGUGCUGUGAAGUAAUAUUUUGGGCGUUAAAGUAAAAUAUCUAAAUUAAAUAAAUAGCUUUUUAAUCCUGCUGAAACUAAACUCGAAAGCGCAGUGGUGUUUUAAAAAUGAAGCGAGAGGUUGUACUAAUGGUGGUAAUUUCUUACGCCGUGGCUGAGCUUAUGCUAAGACCAACCAAGCUUAUCACGGUGGAAAGCCUGCUCGACAUGAAGGCCAGAUUAAAAAAGGCCGGAGACAAGCUAGUGGUGAUCGCGUUCCUCCCGAAAGCUUGGCAACACAGCGAGAAUAGUCAACGGCUUGAGAAGCUGGCACUGCAGUAUGCGAACUUUGUCGUAUUUUUGAGGGUAUAUGAAGACCAUGAUGACAUCUUCAUCGAGUACGACGUGAAGUCUGUGCCAACGUUCAUUUUCGUUAGGAUGUCCGAGCCACUGAGCAGGCGCACACGCUACAUCGAUAAUAUUGUGUGUGUAAUAGAAUCGGUGAAGGCGGAAGGUCAACAAAAUAAAACUGUCAAUACUACACAUCUUUUGGAUCGAGGGGGCCUAUUAUAUGACGUAAAAUGUCAUGACGACAUGAAAUGGUGGCUGACAGAAGCGAGGGACAAGCUAGUGGUGCUCGCGUUCCUGCCAAGCGACACUGCUCACAGCUAUACCAUGAUUCCAGCGGUACAGGAGCUUGCCAAGAAGUAUUCCAAGAUCACCUUGUUCCUUAGGAUCAACGAAGAACAUGACGACUUAUACGAAAAUUUUGGCAUACAGACUGUACCGACUUUUAUCUUCAUGCAAAACAAGAAGAAACUCUUGGUUAGCCCUGGGACCGGCAUUAAACAACUUGCGGCAAUGUUGGAGGCUGUGCUAACUGCUAACGAACAGGCGCCGUUAAGCCACAUAAUUGACAUAACUAGCCCUCAAGAACUGGAGGAGAAGUUGUCAAGCGCCGGUAACAAGUUGGUGAUCCUCGCGUUCAUGACUAAGUGGUGUUCCAAGUGUAGGAAAAUUAUUGCCAAAGUCGAGGACAUGGCGGAUGAGUAUUACGGCUCUGUCGUGUUUCUGAAGAUUGACGACGACAGCGUAACCAACGAGCUCUACGCAAAGUACAAAAUUAAACGUGUGCCGACGUUUGUGUUCAUAAGGAACUCUAAAAAAAUAGACCCAUUCGUCGGCACUACUGACGAUAGAAUCAGGACGCAUGUAGAAUUGCAAGAUUUUAAGAUUUUUCUAAAUUUAUGUUCAUUAACUAAGGAAUAUUUUGGUUUAUGUCUUUUUAAGUAGUCACACUACAAACACACACUCACCUAGUAGAAGUAGAAGAGAAAGUAGAAGUAACUAUCCCUAGAUGUUAGUCCUAAUUAUAAUACCAUUACGUUGUUCGUUAGUUUAAAGGUAAUUAUAAAUUUGCAACACCUUGAUAGGUUGUUUGUAAGAUCUUUGUACCAACAUGAAAACAAUAAAGUUUUUUGUUGUACAACUUGGCCUUCCAAAAAUGUGUCGAGAAAUUUGGACGCAUACUGCCGUGACUUUAGUUGCGGCUGCAUUCGUACUUCACCCUCGGCAGCAGCUACAUAUUUGCGGCCUUUGGGGUUGACACCUGGGGCCGUGGGGGCCUAGCGCGCGUCGCCUUUACGAGGAGUUGUCAAAGCGCCUUGGAGACGUUUUUGGUGACCAGAGGGCUCGCCAGUAUUACGCUCAGCGGAUCAGCAUUGCUAUCCAAGACAAUGCGGCCAGCCUUCUGCGCACCCUACCGAGCAACCAGGAUUUAGGGCAUUUGUUUUAUUUACAAGUUUUAAAUUUAAGUGUUUUUAUUAUGUUUUAUUUACUUGUAUUUCGUUGUACCAAAAAAAUAAGUUAAAUGAAAAAAUACUAGAGGUAAUGCGGUUAGCUGCGAAUGCUAGGUAUAUGAUUAUUAUAAGUUGUAAUGCAUUUAGUUGUAAGUAGGUAUUGUGUAUUAAAGUUUAUAUGAUACAAAAUUGUCUUUUAUUAUUUGGGACAAAAAGGAGUUGAACUAAAUAUCAGAAAUGGGCGACUUUUUCAGAAAUUCAGAGUCCGAAUCUCUAUCGU